GUCCUUCCAAUAUACUUGCUGCUGCAGGUGCACGUAAAUUUAUAAAUGCAGUUGGAAGUAACAUCAGCAGGGUACUUAUCCAGUUUCGAUUGGCUUAUAGUGCAUGUAGUACUGUAUAGUGUCACCAGAUUGUCUGCAGGGAAGCAUCUCUUUAUUGCUCCUUUCAUCAUAUUUUCAAUCCUUUGCGAUACGGUUUCUCCUUUGUAUGACAGGCAAAUGAACACUUUCUUCUUUUCAACUGUUGGACACUUCUCUUUCUCAUCUCCUUCUUUGCUGUACUUUAGGAUAAUUCCUUUUGGAUACUCGUUUUCCUUAAGGCAUUUUUCAACAAAGCUUAAUUUGUCUUUUACCUUGUUAGGCGAACAUAACUUCCUGGCCCUGCCGUAGAGUGUCCUUACUAAUCCCCUCUUAUAGGUCAUAGGGCAGAAGCUGUUGUAGUGAAGGUAUUGUCCGGUCCAAGUUUCUUCUCUGUAGAUGGACUUUUUGACCGUUCCAUCGUUUCUUUUUACAUUUAGGUUGUUAUUAUUAUUAUUACUCACAUUUUUGAUUGAAACUUGGAUUUAGUCAGUACUGAAAAAAAUAUUCUAUGUACUACUACAGAACCAAACAAAAUGAUAUUGCAUGUUUCUUGAUUAUUCAGCAUUGAAAUAUGUUUAAUAUAUUUCUACAAGUUAGUACAUACUGAAGUAAAUUCAAAUCUGUGUAUUGUGAGAAUUUACUCAAAGUCUUAAGUUAAGUUCAUCCUGGUAUAAGCAGUGAAGAAUUAUUUUACUAUUUUUGAUUACAGCUUGAUUCC